AUGGAUCCAUCUACAUCGGUAAACCUUCAAGAAUUCAACAAAAAGCAUAUUUCUAAGAAUGAUGUUUCUCAGGUUAUACAAAAUUCUCCAGAUUCAAUGUUUUUUGUUGGAAUUCCGAUUUCAUCUCAGGAAAAUCUUUCCGAAUUGCAGAAGAAAAAUCCAGAAGGCCGAUUGAUUAUGCCUAGACAAACAAAAUUAGUAAGGAUAAAUAACGCAAAAUCGAAAAAAAAUCAAUAUUUUAGAGUAUGUACAGGGAUGUCACUUUCGGAACUUCAAAAAGAGCUAAUAAAAGCAAAUUUCAUUUCGUCUGAUGAAUCGAUAUGCUUCAAUGAGAAAGGUACUGUUCUUCCUGACGAUUAUGUAUUUAGCGACACAAUUCCAGCUUCUCUUGCCGUAAAAUUUAAAAUGGAUAGGACAAGUUCAUCACAGAUAAAUAAUCAAGCGCAUGAUUCUGAACCUAAUACUUUAGAAAAGAACAAUUCUUCACAAUCUUUUCCAAAUAAUAAAAACGAAGGAGAUAAUAGCAAAAACGAGCUUGAAAAAAUAAGGCAAAGCAACGAAAAGACUCCUACUCCAGUUUCAAAUAAUAAAUCCCAAGUUUCAGACGAUGAUCAUUUAAAUUCAGAAGAUCUUUCACAUAAAGGACCAAAUAACGGAAGUUUAAUUACAAUUGAACCAAAUCCAGAAGAUUUAAUUGAAGUUAUUGAUCAUAAACCAAAUAACACCAUAAAUUUUGAUGAAGACAUAAUUAUUGGAGGUGUGUCCAAUAAUAACCCAAUCGAUCUUGAUAUAGAUGAUAAUAAAAUUGCUUAUUCUGCAAGUCAAGAAAAUAUCGAUGAAAAUGAACAACAAAAUCAAGAAAUCAUGAAUUUAUUAGGACAAGAUUCGAAACAUGGUAACAGGGAUGGCGAUUUAUCAUCAGUUUUAUUAACUCCUCGUGCUAAUAAAAAUAAAAUUAAAAAUGAUGAUGAUAUCGAGCAAAAGUCUAAGCCAAAUAAUACUACUCAAUCAGAUACACAUGAUUCCGAUGAUUAUGGCUCCGAAAACGAAAAAGUUGAUUUCUUAUUUUAUUUUUACUCAGAAAACAGCCUUGUUUUAUAUGAUAUUUGCCUUCCUAAACACGCAACAAUUAAUGAAGCCAAGGAAAUCUUGAAAAAAUCCGAAGAAUUUCAAGAUGGAAAAUUUUAUAUUGUUUGCAACGGAAAGAAACUUGAUCCUGACUCAAAGAUAGGUAGUAAUGAUAUGGGAUAUUACAUCCAGAGGUAUGUAGAAGUCAAUGUAAGAUUAGAUUUGCCAAUUUCAAACAACGGCUUGGUCCAAUUGAAUGCAAAGAUUGAAGCGAAGCCAACAGACAUCUUACAUAAUAUUAAUUUAUAUACAGGAGAUUUGACCGGAAUUUAUUUGAAAAAACCUUCAUUUUUUGUUAAUAAGUCUCAAUCAUCGAAGACAUUGGUUUCUAAAAUCCAGAAUGAGUUAGAAAGUCAACCAUUAAUACUCACACUCUUAAACGAAUCAUAUUGGGACAAAUCAAUUAUUGUUCUCAAAAUUACUGGAGAAAUUAACUGUAGAAUCAAAGUAAAACCAAAGGAUAUGAUCAGUGAUGUUAAAAGCGAGAUCAAAAGAAAAGUUUCUGCUCAAAAAGAUUUUGAAUUAAGAAAUUCUAACGAUGAAAAGCUUGAAUUGACUAAUUUGGUCGAAGACAUUAUCAAGGCAACAAAUAAUACUGCAGUUGUUGCACAUUAUAUCUAG